AAGAAAAGUAUUAUAGACAACUCUACGGUAAAAAAAGCGAACAAGGUGAUAAGAGUUCGAAAAAGGGUUUACAUUUUCAAAAUUUUUACGAAAACGCGUUAGCGGACCAGAAAAACGACGAUGACUGUACGUUGCCAGUGAAUGGUAGUUUUAGUAUAGAAGAAACAAGAACGCCUUCGCCAAAUAGAGAUGGAGAUAAUUCUCCAGGAUUUGCCAGUUUGAACAUAGCUACAGAUAUAGAUGAGUCAGUUUGCAGAAAUUAUCCAUAUCAGGACUCCAUGUCAAACAACAACGACGGUGGCAUUGGUCCUAUAUCCCCUCCCGCAUUACUGUCACCUAGCGGGAAGUUACCGUCGCCAGGGGGGAAACUUCCCUCUUUGGAUCCAGCCGAUAGGUUUUUGGGAAAAGGAUCUCCGUUUUCUCCCUCAAAUGGAGAUCCACAGAGGCACUCACAGAGCGAUGACGACAGCGGGUGUGCUUUGGAGGAGUACACGUGGGUGCCACCAGGACUGAGGCCAGAUCAAGUGCACUUAUAUUUCAGCGCCCUUCCCGAAGACAAAGUGCCGUACGUGAACUCCGUGGGGGAGCGGUAUAGAGUGAGGCAACUCCUUCAACAGCUGCCCCCUCACGACAACGAAGUACGCUACUGCCAUGCCUUGUCCGACGAGGAAAGAAAGGAGCUCAGGCUUUUUUCGGCCCAAAGGAAAAGGGAAGCGCUGGGCAGAGGGGCUGUCAGACAAGUGCCCAGCAGCAUGCAAUGUGACGGGUGUGAAGAAACCCUCUCCGCAGGUGACAUCGGAGUAUUUGCUAGCCGUGCUGGCCCCAACACCUGCUGGCAUCCGGCGUGCUUCACCUGCACCGUUUGCAGAGAGCUUCUUGUCGAUCUCAUUUACUUCUACAGGGAGGGUCGACUGUAUUGCGGGAGGCAUCACGCAGAAACCAUUAAACCUAGAUGUUCUGCUUGCGACGAGAUAAUUCUCGCCGACGAAUGCACCGAAGCGGAAGGUCGCGCAUGGCACAUGAAACACUUCUCUUGCUCAGAAUGCGAAAGACAGCUCGGAGGACAAAGGUAUAUCAUGAGAGACGGAAGGCCAUACUGUCUACAUUGUUUCGACGCCAUGUUCGCCGAAUACUGCGACUCAUGUGGCGAACCAAUCGGUGUGGAUCAAGGUCAAAUGUCUCACGAGGGUCAACACUGGCAUGCCACUGAAAGUUGUUUUUGCUGCCAUACGUGCCACACGUCGCUUCUAGGAAGACCUUUUCUGCCUAGAAGGGGCGCUAUUUACUGCUCUAUAGCGUGUAGUAAAGGCGAGCCACCUACGCCCAGUGACUCCUCUGGUCCGAAUACUAGAGUACCAAGGCAGCCUCUAAAAAACAGACCUCCUAGGCCUCCUUCGCCGAAUGAAAGUAGUACGCCCCCGCAAUCUCCUUCUAUGAGACGACAUUUACCACCCAGAUCUCCUACAGCUUCGUCUCCCUCUUCUCCUCCCGGGCAAUAUGUAAAUAGAUCUCCUACCACCACAAGGUCGCCUAAAAUGGGUCGAAGAGCCUUGCAAAGAUCACCCAAACCAGUUUCUAUACCUAGUACUCCCACUUUAUCUGACAACGGAACUACUACCUCACAAAACGAUCCAAUAAACGAAGAAGUAAUUACUAAAGGCUUGCCUGUACUGUCGCCAAGUUGCCGAGGUUUAGAUAGGGUUUUGUUAGAAAGAAAUUUAGAACGUCUUCUGACAGAAAGAGGUAACCAAGGACAUUCACCAGAUCUUGAAAAGUUAUUACUAGCCAGAGAUAGAAGCCGAGAACCACUACAUUUAGCCGAUUUGAGCAUCGAUGAUUGGACAUCUCGUUCUGUUUCAGACAAUAAAAAAGAAGAAUCCGAUAAACAAAGUAGUAAUGCCGAAGAAAAGGAUUCCAAUAUGAGCAAUGCCGAUCAAGCACCGCAACACGCGUCUUCCAUGCCAGAGUUAGCACUUCCAGGAGGAUCUAGCGAUACUGGCAAUUCAACCACUCCGGGAUCUCCAAGCAAAAAAGGAAAAGGAUCACUUAGUGUACGAUUUCAAGGUGAUAACGAAGCUUUUGAGGCAGACGAGAACGACAACGCUAGCUUAGAAGCAUCUAGGAAGUUUCCGAGAUCUAGAAGUUACUCAGGUAGGUCAAAACAUGGAGGUGACAGUCUACCGCGGAAAGGAAAAUUAAGGAAGGCUUCCUGCUCAAUUCCACAAGCUGGAUGUUCAUCUUCCAAACCAAGAGACAGAGACGACGACACAGAAAGUUACUGCUCAACGUGCUCUUCCAGUUCUUCCAGCGACGAUCUCGAUUACCAGUUACCACCACGAAGAGCCUACGGUGGUGUUCGAAUAUCCUACGUUCCUAAUGAUACUCUUGCCAUAGCUAGACGGAGACAAGCUACCAUUCAGAAAUCGCCGAGUAAGAAGGGAGUUUCGAUUGACGACAAAGAUAAGAACUGCAUCAUAUCGUGAUUUUGGACAAUAAAAAGCCGAUGGUACGAGAAAAAUCGUUCCUAGGUCGAGGCAAUUUGAGCUUACAAUAUUGACACGAUUCAAUAUUUGUCAUAUUUAUAGAAAUUUCUAUGGUUUUACAGCAUUUGUAUUACAAAUUACCAUAAAAGCUGCCAUCAAAUAACUGUUGAUUUUAUAUAGUAGCUUUUUGUAAAUCUUAACAAUAUUUUUAUAAACUUUCCAAAUUUUCGUUACAAAAAGGCAAAUUAAAAAAAUUAAUUUCCUGUACAGGCGUAUCUGUGAAGAUAGGCAAAUUACUUAAAAUACUUCAGAUAUAAUAAUCAAAGAAAAAAUCGAACAGGUUUAAAAUCGGUAAAGGCAAAAUUCAUAAUUAAAUUCUGCGUAAAUGGUUUGAACAAACGUUAAUAAUGUUUUUGGCACCCGGGCAGCCUGGUGUAAUAGUUGGUGAGUCACCACUGUAAAAGUUUAGAGAACCGAUACUAAUAUUCGAGGGAACCCUACUGUCACCAUUCUAAUAAAUACCGCUGUCAUCAUUGUAAUAGACGCCUGUCUCAAAUCCUUGAAUGCGUCUACAAUUCUUAGGGGAUACUUAUCCCUGCGAGCGAAGGCAAGGCUUACUGGUCCCACUAGUCUGAACGGACUGUUUUCGACCUCGCGGGUUUUCAGGAGGGUAGGGAAAUUCGGGAAAGGGGGAUGAAGGACUUCCAGGUUUCAGGUCCUGUAAAGAGUUGAGUCUAUGGGCUUGCUUUAGAAGCCGGAGAAAUGUAUAAGCGGAAAAUGUCUGACUCUUCUAGUCUCUACCUGUAACGGCCGGGAAAGAACAAUAAAACCAAAUUUUGAGUUUACUAUGUAUUAAAUAGACUGAAUACUACAAUUCAGAUAACAAGAUAUCAGUUAUAACCAAUAAAGAUUCGAUCAGACGCUAAAAAAGACAAGAAGAAACCUUACCAAGAAAUUAAAAGGUGGACAAUCUAUGUUUAUUAUAUAGGCCCUGGAUUAGUAUAUAGAUUUAGUUACCUUCGCGUAUUUAGGCCCUAGCUAAUGAAUACGUCUUUCAGUCCUACUGGAAUUCAGGAUCAGUCUGUUGAGGUACCGCGCGCUAUCACGAAUUUUCGAAACACCGGAUAUCUGGCACUAUCUCGUCGAAUUACAAUAGCGCGCUCACUGGUGCCGCGUACUUAUUGCCUCGAUCGCCCGUGCUUCUGGCAUGGAGCACGGGUGCCUAGUUCUUACUGACCCUCCUGGCCUACUUCGUUCGUUUUUUAUGAACCCGUAUCCUCAAUUACCGAUCGCAGUACCGAGGUCGAGUUUAUGCUGACCGAGCCCUCGUGCUUAAAACUGGGUCAUGCGGUGGUGUUAUUUUCCAACGACGGUCUAUGUUUUAAACGUGAUUUUUUUCUUUUAAACAAUCGUGGCGACCUGAUAUUGAGACUCCUGUAAUACACUUAAACUAGGUCGAGUUUUCAUUCUUUGUUUAAUUUGAAAUGUAUACGUUAAGUAUGUUCUUUAUUCAAUUUGGAAUAUAUAAUAAUUAUUUAAAUAAUUAUUACUCUUUUCUAGGCUAACUAUCACUUAUUUUUUUAUUUUUUCUUUAUUUCCUUGCUAUGUUUACAUUACACUGGUUACACCAGCAAACAAACCUUUCGUGGCAGUGCACUAACUGUUAAUGAAAAGGUAAAUAUUCUUGCCACGAAAAAGUUGUCUAAAAAAAACUUUGUAUAGUUUAUACAUCAUAACACAGUUUUAUUAUUAAUAUAUUUUUUUAAUUUGAAUUUGCGACCAAUUUCUGAUACAGCUAAUAAAAUUAGAUUUUUCAAAUGAAUACUGGUUAAUUUUAAACGAUAGUGUUGAUUUAAUAUUCAGAAUUGAAAACAUUUCUUCACAACAUACUUUGAACCGAAAUAAGAAUACGGCAAAUCAAAAUUGUGAAGAUUAGAAUAUAAAACUUAGUCGUAGAAACGUAUUUCCAAAAUUCAAUACAAUUGGAGUUGCUUGUGUUUUAAAUAUUCUCGUUAUAUAAUUUUUCAAUAAAAUAUUACUUUGUUAAUCUAUGAUUUCUAUUUAGAGUUCCGAUGGACAAUUUUCAACGUCUUCAAAUGAAAUAGAAAAAGGAUUUGUGAAACUUUUCAUUUUCUUCCUGGAAAUCCUGAAAUCUCGUACUAAUUGAACUUUAAAGACGUAUUGAACAAAAACAAAACGUCAAAAACGUAUUGAACAUCUAUACCGUUUUGUUUUUUACUUUUACAAAAAAAUGACUUAAUAAAAAGUACAGAAAUGAUUUUUUUCAUUUGCCAUUUUUUGUACAUAUGUCUUAUAUAGGAUAUUUUUCUUAUAUAGAAUACAUAGGAAUAUUGAUUUUUUGUUCAAAUAAUUAAUAUUCCUACAUUAUAAUUUACCGGUAAUAAUUCUUUAUGAACAAACCUGUAUCUUUCCGUCAAAAUAAUUUCUAGAAGCAGCUAACAUUGUGUCAUAUGCAAAAAUACUCAAUAUAUUCGUUGCCUUCCACACCUCAAUGAUGGCAAAAAAAUUUUUAUAACCAUUGUCGAAAAUAUGGAUUAUUGUUAAUAAAAAUCAUUAAUUUAAGCAAAUUUUUCAUUACUUCUCAAUCAAAACAAACCUUCCUUCCGUCCACACUCACGGAAAUAUACUAAUUGACAAGUUGUCAUACAAAUGCAUCAUUGGUUUCACAUUUACCUCUACAAACACUCUUCCUACCUCACCCAUCUGUUUCUGUCUAAAGAUAUAGCUUAGUAGUCCUUGUGAUUACCUCAUUCCAUCGCUGGAAGAGCGCGAAGGAGGUCAUCCCCUAAUUUCAUCGAUCACCACCUUAUAGUCACUAUCUCACACAUCUUCAUGUACUUCCUCAUAUAUACUUGUCUCCAUGUGCUCUCUUCAUAUACAAUUACAAUAAACCGUUUGGUGUAAUUGUAUAAAGUUACUAGCAGAAGUAUGUCAUGGUGUUUUGAGUACCUCGAGUUUCCAAGUGUUUUGAUAUCUGCACUUUUACAAGAAAAAUAAAUCCUUCACCAGAAGCAAAUACACUUUUGCGAUUUUUUGUUAAUUCUUAAUAAAAACAAUUAAACUGCCAGUUAAAUGCUUAAAAACAGGGUAAAUGCCUACUAGUCGCCCUUUUUCUUUAACAAUUCGUACAUAUUUUCGACAAAAAAUUUUCCCCUCUUGCUAUCAUACCCAAUUUGCCAAAAAUGUAAUAUGCAAUAUGUAUUCAGGGUACAUACUGUCCAAAAUAAAAAAUUAGAUGCCUUGAUAUAUCUUAUGUACUUAUCUACGCUUCAAAAUAUAAAUUAUUAUACAUAUAUAUUAUACGUGUGUUUUAUAUCAUUGUACAAAGUAGGAUCCGAUUUUAUUGAUACUCUACAAUCAUACGUAGAAAUGUACGUAUUGUACAUUAUUUCCUAUUAGAAAUUUUAAUAUAAUUACUGUUUUUAAUUUUGUAAAUUGUAAAUAAUUUUUGGUUUAUAUUAAAUGUACAACAACUGUGUUAUUU